AGAUGUCGCUUUACGAAUAAUGGCUCGUUUGUUUAUGUUUAGGAAUGCAUAGGUCUGUAUUGUAUUUAAUCGAAUUAUUAAAUCGUUUUUUAUGGAUUUUAACAUUAAACCAAGUAAAAGAAUUCAGAUUAUUACACUGGGGAAUUCAGAAGUUGGAAAGACUUGUAUUAUCAAAAGACUUUGUGAAAAGAGAUUUGUCAGCAAGUAUAUACCAACAAUUGGAGUUGAUUAUGGAGCAAACAGAUUAUUUAGCAGUAACAAUGAAGCUGUUCAAUUAAAUAUAUUUGACUUAGCAGGAAAUCCAAUUUUUUAUGAGAUUAGGAAUGAAUUUUAUAACAACAUUCAUGGAGUGUUACUAGUUUAUGAUAUAAGUAAUCAAAAAAGUUUUGAAUCUCUUAAUUUUUGGUUGUCAGAAUUAUUACAAAUAUUAGAUUGUGAAAGAGAAAAUGUUGCCUGUAUUGUGUGUGGAAAUAAGUGUGAUAAGAAAAGAGAAAUUAAUGAGCAUGAAGGACAACUUUGGGCUGAAUAUCAUGGUUUUCCAUACUUUGAAACAUCAGCUCUAACUGGAGAAGGUAUUCCUGAGAUGUUUCAAUUUUUUAUUGAUAAUAUGCUGCAUAUUUUAAAAGAAGGUAAACCAUUGGUAUAUGGAUCAAGAUUAGGAUAUAGCAGAGAACAGUUGGAAGCAAUACAUAGACUACAGUGGUCAAAAAAUAAUUAUGAAAGAUUAGGUCUUAUUCAAGGUGCUUCUAAAGAAGAAAUAAAUCGUGCUUAUAGAAGAAUUGCAAUUUUGAUUCAUCCCGACAAAACAACUAUACCUGCCAGCGAAGAAGCCUUCAAGACGCUGGUAACGACCCGUUCCUUGCUGUUACGGCAAGCAAAGUGACCACAAUUCUAAUUUAACAAAACAAUUCUGCUUUUAGAUUAUAUAGUAAAAUACAUUUUUGUAAGGAUAUUUAUGAUAUGCAAAUCAAUAAUAACUAAAGUUUGCAUAAAUUUUAUUUGUAAACUAAAGUCUGUAUUAAUAUUAAAAAGUAUUUACAGGAUCAAUUCUCAUUAAU